CAGGCAACAUCAGAAAUGGCCACAGAGGACGAGAUUAGUCUUCUGGUCAUCGUAGUGGAUGUUAACCCGAUAUGGUGGGGUCGACAGGCGCAGCGGGAACCAGAGUUUACACUUUCUAAAUGUGUUGAUGCUGUGAUGGUCAUGGCGAACUCUCAUCUAGUUGUGAACAGAACCAACAAGCUCUCCAUCAUUGCCAGUCACUGCCAGGAGAGUCAUUUCCUGUAUCCCAGUAAGGAGAAGAAACUGGGGGAUGUUGGGUCUGAUGUUAGCAGUGAUGGUAAAUAUGAGCUCCUGUCAGGGGCCAAUGACUGCAUCGCUCAGGAGAUCAGGAGCCUCAUGGCCAGAACCGUGGUGAAGGGCCAUCUGACAGACACGUUACUGGCUGGAUCUCUGGCCAAAGCACUGUGCUACAUCCACCGAGUUUCAAAGGAACUGGAAGCUGGGCAAGACAUGAAAUCCAGGAUAUUAGUUAUAAAAGCAGCUGAAGACAGUGCUCUUCAGUAUAUGAACUUUAUGAAUGUGAUAUUUGCAGCUCAGAAGCAGAACGUGGUGAUUGACGCAUGUGUGUUGGACUCUGAAUCAGGUCUUUUACAGCAGGCAUGUGACAUCACAGGUGGUCUGUACCUGCGGAUCCCUCAGAAGGCGUCUCUGACACAGUACCUGUUGUGGGUUUUCUUACCUGAUGCUGACCAGCGCUCCCAGUUAGUGCUGCCUCCCCCAGUUCACGUCGACUACAGAGCCGCUUGUUUCUGUCACCGGACUCUCAUCCAGAUUGGCUAUGUCUGCUCCGUUUGCCUCUCCAUAUUCUGUAAUUUCAGUCCAAUCUGCACUACCUGCGAAACUGCCUUUAAGAUUCCGCUGCCUCAGAUGGUGAAAACAAAGAAGAAAAAGUUAAAGGCUGCGUCUUGAGGAAAUGCACCACGCUGCCUCAGGGAUCUGUGGACUGGACGUCUGGACACAAAUAUACCAAACCCCUAGAUCAU